GAGCUGGGGCCAUUCUCUCACUCUGCAGACAUCCAGCCCAGCAUGAAUGCAUGCAUGUAUAGACAGUCCGAUCGAUCCGGGCACUCUGCCCUCCCCCCCUGUCAUCCAUAUGGUAGUACCCUCCCACUUACAUCCCAUAUAUCCAACAUAUCCAACAUUUGUCUCCCGCCGUGACUCUUCCCUUUGGUAUUCCCUCUCCUGGCUUCCACCAUCUUUGACAUUUCUGGUCCAUCGUGUCACAGGGUUCUUGUCCCAUCAGGGAAACUACACUCGCUCAUCAGUUUGCCUAUAGCCGUAAUAGUUCCUGGACCAUCCCGAUCCCAUACUACCAACUGCUACUCCUGCUAUUGCUUAGCUCCUGCCUCGUUUUCCCCAAUACGUCACUCAAUUCCACCUGGCUUGCUAUACGCCACUUCUAAUAAAAACAACCUAACCUUCCUCCCUCCUACACACGGACAAGAACCGGACCAAGGCCUGACUCUCGUUUUCUCCCAAGCUCUGUUCCCUCGAAAGCAUCACCGAGUCCUCGUUUUUUUGGCUUUUGGACCUUGUGAACUAGAGUUUAUCCCAGUUCCUGCCAGAAUAACUUACACCCUUGAUUGUGACCGUCCCUCGCUACUCUACUCUCGCACACACCUCAAGAUGCUCGGCCAAUCAUCCCUCAUGGCACUCGUUGCCGCCUCUCCUGCUGCAUUGGCCGCAUACCAGGGUUUCAACUACGGCUCUACCUUCACCUCUGGCGCGCCCAAGGUCCAGAGCGACUUUGAGGCAGAGUUCAAGACCUCCCAGGGUCUGAUCAGUGCCCCAGGAGUCUUCAACUCCGCACGCCUGUACACCACAGUCCAAGGCGGCACCGCCAACAGCCCCAUCGAGGCGAUCCCCGCGGCGAUCAGCACCAAGACCUCGCUCCUCAUGGGCCUGUGGGCCUCGGCCGGCGACGCCAGCUUCGCCAACGAGAUCACCGCCCUCAAGUCCGCCAUCGCCACCUACGGCUCCCAGCUCGGCGGCCUCGUCGCGGGCAUCUCCGUGGGCUCGGAGGACCUCUACCGCAUCUCGCCCACCGGCCUCCUCAACAAGGAGAACCCGGGAGUCGGGCCCGAUGUUCUCGUCGGCUACAUCAAGCAGGUCCGGGACGCCCUCUCCGGCACGCCGCUGUCUGGGGUCCCCGUGGGCCACGUCGACACGUGGACCGCGUGGGUCAACGCGUCCAACGAUGCCGUGAUCUCCGCGUCUGACUUCCUCGGCGUCGAUGCCUACCCUUACUUCCAGACCACAAUGGCCAACAGCAUCUCCAACGGCGCAAACCUCUUCAGCGAGGCGUUCGGCGCCACGCAGGCCGCCGCCCAGGGCAAGGAGGUCUGGGUGACGGAGACGGGGUGGCCCCUCAGCGGGCCCGCCGCGAACGAGGCUGACGCCAGCACGGCCAACGCCGAGAAGUACUGGCAAGACGUAGGCUGCGACAUUCUGUUCGGAAAGACCAACACGUGGUGGUACACGCUCCAGGACGCGGCGCCCGACACGCCCUCCCCUAGCUUCGGGGUCGUCGGCAGCUCCCUGUCCACCACCCCGCUGUACGACCUGUCGUGCAACGCGUCGUCCCCGUCCCCUUCCUCCUCGUCCUCGUCGUCGGCGGCGGCAUCGGGCGGCGGCGGCGGCGCAGCAACAUCCGCAGCCGGGGGGUCGGGCGCCACCGCCGUGUCGCCCCCCGUCCCCACCGGCAGCGGCGCUGAUGCGGGCUCCCCUGGUAUCUCCGCGGGCGCCGGCAGCGUCGUGACCGUCGGGGGGACUGCCGCCGCGGGAGGCGAGGCUGCGACCGCGACCCUCCCCGGCACGCCUACGAACCCCACCGGCGCGGGCGGAUCUGGAAACGGCGGCUCCGGCUCCGGCUCCGGCUCGGGGAGCAGCGGCUCCGGAUCAGGGUCUGGGUCUGGAUCUGGAUCUGCCGGUGGCAACGGGACCGUCGGCGGCGGCAGCGGCUCUUCUUCCCCGUCGGCCAGCACCACUGCGGUCAUCACCAACGCGGCGGCCGAGAACGUGGUCUCCUUUGGCGCUGCUUUCGUCGCGCUGCUGGCCGCGUGUGUGAUCCUGUGAGCGGGCUGUUUGUGUACCGUUUUGGAUUUGUUGGAUUUGGGCGGCAUCAUCGGUUGGACUGGGAAGUGUUGAGUGCGAGGACUGCUGUGUUGCGACCCACUUCACGCCCUCUACCAGGCUCUCAUGUCACGCACGAGGAAAACGAAAAUGGCUUUUGAUAUCCGCAUGAUCUCCACUAGGUGACGGACAAAAUAAUUUGGUUAUGGCGAGUGAGCCCUCCGGGGAAACAUAUUAGACGAGGCGUGCAUUCUAUGGAAUGGGAUGGGUACCUACCUACAUGCAUGGACGGAGACGGACGACUGUCUUCAUUGCCGGGUGUGCACAACCAACUUUUUGGAAAUACGGAUAUUGUGCCUCUUCCCUCCCUUGUCAGAGGAGAAAGGUGGAAUGAAAAAGACAAUAAUUCU